AUGUUGGGAAGAUGCUUGUCUUACUUGAAAAUAAUGAUUAAGUAUUAAAAAUUUAGACAGCAAAUUUAAUUACAAAAUUAUUAGAUUGUUAUCAAUUUAGUGAAAACUUUCGUAUAUUAAUAGGAAUGGCAACAGUAAUUUAGGAAAUAGAAAAGAAAGACAAUGAUAAAUUAGAAGUUUAUUCCUAGAUUAAUAUAAUAAUUUGUUGACAUUGAGAAUUUUAAUAAAACUUUAAAUGCAUAUAAAAAAUUAGUUGAUGAUUUCAAUUAAAUAGAACCUGAAGAUUAUUAUGCAUGUGAGAAACAUUGUGAUAAUCUGCAGAAAAUAUUUAUAUUCAAAAUACAAUAAAGAAAAUUGGAAAUUAUGAAAUAUUGGAAUAAAAGGAAAAGGUGCAUUUGGAUCAGUUUAUUUAUGUAGAUUAGGAUUUAAUUUUUAUGCAAUAAAAUAAAUUAAUGA